AGGGGCGGGGUUUCCGCAUCAGGUGCGUGUGAGAGGUCACGGGAAGCAGCCUUUUUCCAGUAGCGCGAUCCCGGCGGCCGCUCCCCGGUUCCCAGGCUGACCCUCCCCCGCAACAACCCCCAAGAGCACGGCCCGUCGGACAGGCCCAAGAGACGUGAAGUCAGCCUCGCUUAGCCUCCUCCGGAUUCCAGCCCACGGUGCCCGGCGCCAUGUCCGCGGGAGGAGACUUCGGGAACCCUCUGAGGAAAUUCAAGCUGGUCUUCCUGGGAGAACAGAGCGUCGGGAAGACCUCCUUAAUUACCAGGUUCAUGUACGACAGCUUUGACAACACCUACCAGGCCACAAUUGGUAUCGACUUCUUAUCAAAAACGAUGUAUCUGGAAGAUCGGACAAUCAGACUGCAGCUCUGGGACACCGCUGGUCAGGAACGCUUCCGCAGCCUGAUCCCCAGUUACAUCCGCGAUUCCGCAGCCGCUGUAGUCGUGUACGAUAUCACAAAUGUAAACUCGUUCCAGCAAACCACAAAAUGGAUCGAUGAUGUCAGAACGGAGAGGGGGAGCGACGUCAUAAUAAUGCUAGUUGGAAAUAAAACAGAUCUUGCAGACAAAAGGCAAGUGUCUAUCGAGGAAGGUGAAAGGAAGGCGAAGGAACUGAAUGUAAUGUUUAUCGAGACCAGCGCGAAAGCCGGCUACAACGUAAAACAGCUCUUCCGACGUGUGGCGGCCGCCUUGCCCGGGAUGGAGAGCUCACAGGACAAGAGCAGAGAAGACAUGAUUGACAUUAAACUGGAAAAGCCUCAAGAAGCACCCGUCACUGAAGGCGGCUGUUCGUGUUAAUAACCCCCACCCCCGAGCAGCCUUCGGGGCCACGCUGUCCUCCCCGAACUCCUUCUCCCUAUUAACUCUUCAUUAACAACCGUGUGGAUAUCGGCUUGAAACACCCCCCCCCCCAAUCUCCCUAUCAUCGCCCAUCUCGUAAUCCUCCACCGCUGGCUGUCUCGUGAACCUGUGAACAACUUCACCGGCUCGUCCAUAUGUACAUUAUCUAUAGUGUCUUCAUUAUUUAAGCGGCACAGAUAGGGUUAAAUCAAAAUGGCUACCCUCCCAUCGUAGAGUUCCAGUUUGGGGGGGGAUUGUACUUUAGCUUCCAGGGGAGGGGGAACCAACUGCAUCCUGCAAUGAUAUGGGGUAUCUCACCCCCCGACCCCCCCCGUACAAUGCGUCUGGUCCCGCGGGGGCCGCGUUUUACCGAGAACACUUUAAUGAAUGUGCUUGAGAUUUUUUUCCGUGUUUUUUUUUUUCCCCUGAUUGUGGCCGAUGGCUGCGAAGGGUCAGUAGAGAUUAAUCUAGUGGGUUGGGGUAGAAACGGUUAACAACGAAGCAUUAAGCUGCAGUCGUACUCGUUACUGUUUUAUAUCGCGGCGCGUCCGGCGGCUUUAAACCAUUUUCUUUUUAUUAACUUUUUUUUUUUAAUAAAGUAUAAAUAAAGCACUUUGUAAAAUCACUAAGAAUCGACGCGUGGGCAAAACAGACCCUUCCCGCCGAUAAGAUACCCGCGACUUCCUUGUGUAUAAGGCGGUAACGUCUUGACUUGAUCCUGCUAUCGGCUGAGAUGGUUUGGAAGCAGCCGCAAGACUUCUCCUUCGUCUAUGAAGCACAUGAAGCCCCACGGUUUAAAUUUGGGGGGGUGGGGGCUAUAUUAUAAUUGCCAGCCUCCACAGACUUCGAAGCGGUUCUAUACCAUGUAUUCCAUGCCAUGCUGCCGGCGGCAAGUGUUUUAAGGCCAACGGCCACCGACUUCUGUAUGUUCUUUACUUAGACUUACGAAUCGGCGUUAAACUCCAAUGAUCUUGGUAUUAAACGAAAAUCCAGACCC